UCUGCAAGUUUGGUGCUAACUAUUUUACUAAUUUUGCAGACUUAUAAUGGCGACGAUUACAAUGGAUCUAGGAUCGUGAGCAGAGCAUGUGAACUUCGAGAUGUGGUGAAAGGUAUGUUGUCACAGAUGGACCCAUCAUUGGUAUCCUUUUGUGAUAAAAUUGCUGCACAAGGGGGACCAAUGCAGGCUAUGGAUGAUGAGGAUAGCUCCAUUCUCCAAGCGCCGCUUGUUGUUCAGUUAGUUUCUGUUACUAGAACAAGUGCAAGGCUUCGUAAUGUACAACCAGAAGUUGAUCUGUCAAGAAGUUAUGAGGUGCUAAAGCGGCACAAGAAAAGCACCAAAAACGAACAUGGCACUGCUGCCAAAGAAUCGACAGCAAGAGAUGGAAAGUCUCCUGGUGAUGUAGAUCUGUCAAAGCCAACUUCCCCAGAGGAAGCUCCAAAAGGACCACAUUCAAAUGGCCCUUUGAAAGAAGCUGACAAAGCACCAGAUGAAGCACCUCCAACACUACCUGGUUCUCCUCCCGGCCCAAUGGAGACUGACAACGGCGAAGAUUCUGCCAUGCCUACCAGCGAUGACAUGCUUGAACAACUGGAAGGUGUGAAACAGCGCUUCAUGGAGCUCACCGUGGGCUACGGGGUGCCGCAGCUCGAGAGGCUCUACUCGCGGAUAAUGAAAGGCGCGAUAGAGUUGACAGGUAAAGAAACCAACAAGGAUCAUAGACGGUUAGUUGUUAGGCAUUUGUUGGCAUUUGUUGAGAACAGCGACAAUUUUUAACUCUAGCAGGAAUAAGAGGUUUUACUGGUUUUCCCUGUGUACAUUCUGUUGUCUGUUGGAGCAACAACCCUGAGGAGCUGUCCAUGCCUCCUGAUGUAGUGAUGUAACAACAUUUUCUGAAAUGCUCAGUGGCAUUACAACAGUUUUGUGUAGCAAGUUCUGUUGCGGUCUUUGAGGAUUUGAAUUCUCA